UUCGAUUAGUGUGAAAUUGAUACGAAAAUCGAUUCUAGAACAGUUUUGAAAUCGAUAUAGGAUCAAAGAAUAACAAUUUUAGAUUUAGAACCAUUAUAAAUAUAAUAUACCUGGAUAGAAAUGAUAGACUGCAGAUAUUUUUUAUGCAAAUUCAUGUUUUUAUAAAUAUAAUUUAAAGACUGGAACGUGGGUAGAAAAUUGUUUGGAUAUGAAAAUAAUUUUAUCGACAAAUAAAGAAAAGGUGAAAGCAGUUCCGAAAUAUGUACAUAAUUGGAAGAAUAUUUGUAUUCAAACAUUAGAAAUUCAUAAUUUAAUUAAUUCACUUACUUCAAGUAGAUUCGAACUCCGGAUUCUUUACUUAUACAUGAAGCGAAAUCGAACUUUUCUGCGCUGACUACAGCUAAAUCUGAAAAUGAGCCAUCACCGAAUCUGCAAUGAACAGAAAAUUACUGUCGAAAAUAUCAUUAAUGUAAUGAAAGAAGACAUUUAAGAAACAAUUAGCAGAUAAAAUCGGUACAUCGAAUUGCCUUCAUGGAUUGAUAAGUUAAACAACGAAUAUCGAAGAUACUCGUUUCGGAAAAAAUAAAAUCUUAGAAAGUGUAGAAUGGUAGUGCAAAGAAUAAGAAAUAAUACGUCAAAAUCAAACACAAUUUGUGGACCACCGUCUUGUAGUGUAAAAGAUAGAAAGGAAACGAAACUCAAAGAUGUUUGCUCUAGUGGACCACAGAAUACUUGUAUUCGAACUGCGGAAUGUAAAUCUGGUCAACAUCGUUAUUCGUACAAUGAAAAAGAGUCAACCAAAAAAAUAGGUAGAAGUAAACCAAGAAUGCAACUGAGUGGACAGAAAAUCAUAAAAAAGAGACUACCUCCUCCAAAAAUUUUAACAAAAGAAGAGUACGACGAAUUUCAAAAAUACAGUUCUGUGACGAAGGAAGAGCGAAAUGCGGCUCUUAAAUCGGAGGAAGAAGAGAGGCAAAGACUUACGAAAGAGAGUAUGGAGAGAAAAGAGGAAUUUCGUAGAAUAGAUCAAGGAAGGCCUCGAGAAAAGUGCCCGCAAUUGGUCGAAAUAGAAGAGGAAGCUAGGAAAAGAGCGAAACAUGUGCUUGAAAGAGCAGAGAAGAUGAAGCUCGAACAGGAAGAAGAAAUCCAAAAGUGCAAUAGGAUCAUUUUAGAAACUAAAUGUCGUGCUAUUAGAGACGCUCAGAUAGCAGAAAAAAAACUAAUGGAACUCGAGUUGGAGGAAGAAGAGAAACGUUUAAAUGAUAUGAUGGAAAAUGAAAGAAGAUGGGCGAUUAAAGAAGAAAUUAAAAAAGAGCAGGACGAAGCAGUAAAAAGACAAAAAUUUGCUAAUAGUCUAAUCGAUCAAAUAAAAGAAAACGAGGAAAACAGGAUAUUAGAGUUUGAAAGGAAGCAAGAGGAAAGUCGAUUAAUUAAUUUAAACAAUAUCAAUUGGCAACAGGAAGAAAUUACAAAAUUACAAAACAAAGAAUCCGAAAACGCAUUAAUUCGACAACAGCUCGCUGAAGGGAAUGAGCAAUUAAAACACUUUAAGGCUAUGGAAAAACAGCAAAAUAAAGUCAUUGAUCUUAGGAUACAAGAGUACCAACGGUAUAAGGAAGAAAGGGAAGCAAAGCUGGCGGAAGAAAGAAGAUUGGAAAAAUUAGAAAAAGAAAAGGCUAAAAAAACUGUUGCAAUACAGACAUUGCAAGCAAGGGGUCAACAAGAGCGGAUCGAUGAGUUGAAUGCUGCACGAAUUCAAGAAGAAGUAGAAAGACAAUGGAGACAGAAAGAAAAGGAAGAAGCUCUUAAAAAAACGCAAGCCCAAAAGUUACUUAUAGAAGAAAGAGAAAAACAAAUAAACAACAAACGAAUAAUGGAAGCAAUUGAACUAGAACGAGAAAGACGUGAAUUUGAAAAAAUUGUACGUGUUCAGAAGGAAGCUUUCUGUCGAGAACAAAAAGAACUUGAAAAGAAACAGCGACAAGCAUUAAUUCAUAGAAGCGAGAUACUAAAACAGGUAAAUGAGAAAGAAAGAGAACGCAUCGAAGCAAGGCAAAAGAUGUUCGAGGAAGGUUUAGCAAUACGUACAGAAGCCGCGAUACGUAAGAAGAAGCUGCGUGAUGCAAUGGAAAGAAAAUGUGAAGAAAUGAGAAGAAACAGAGUGCCUGAAAUAUACAUCAAUGAAGUAAAACGAAUGAUCAACAAUAUACAAUAAAUACAAUAAAUUUAUAAUUGUAAUUUGUCUAUUUAUCAUUCACAAUAUAUCCUGCGUACUAUAUCUGCUUAAAUGAACAACCUUUACGCUUAUCAAAAUCACAGAAAACAAAAUUCAUGACAUAAAUACUACUUCUAAAUAUUACUUCCAUAACAUAACAA